CCUAAUGAUAUUCUCACAUUUUUUGUAUGGAGCUCGCAUCGUCAAGAUCUGAGCGGCAGAGCUAGCCUAAGUUAUGGAUGAAAAUCUGGAUUUUACGUCUCAAAAAAGAAGUGCCAAGCAGGGCCGCAGAGCACGCAAAGCAGCCCAAGAAGCAGCUCAAUCUAAUGGUGACAUCGGAGGGGAUGAAUCGGCAGAAGAUUUGGUAGGACAUCCCCCUCCUCCACAGAAUCAGGUUACAUCUGAAGAUGGUCCAGCACGUCCUCCUAGAAGACAGAUGGGAUGGGGUGAUGACACCGCCAAACCUGUAAGAAGCCGUGGAAACGUUGAUGAAUUGGAAGCAUUUUCAGCAAACGAUAGAGUAGAGCAAGAAUCAAAAUCCAGGGCACAGGACUCGGACGAUGACAUGCCGGUCAUCCCAGAUCUUGAUGACGUCCAGGAGGAGGAUAUGGCCACUCAGAUAGCCGCCCCACCGAGUGUACCGGUCAACAGGGUUAUCACCUAUCGAGAGCUAGAUAAUGACCUCCUAAAACAUUCACAGCUACUCACACUGGACAAUGAGAUAGACCUGAAGCUGCUGAGCAAAUCAUUAUCAGCUGAAAGCGAAGUGAUGGAAGAAGAUAAACCCUGGGAUUGGGAUCAUCUCUUUACGGAGGUAUCAUCUGAAUUACAAACAGAGUGGGACCAGGCGCUUGCCUCACAGAAAUCAGAUACAAGUAUUGUCAGCAAGUCAUAAUCACUAUUAACACAGCUCUCUGAAUAGGGCUAGCUCCCCUCCCUUCUCAAACUGAGAUUAUCAAACAUACCGGCCAACUUGGCUUAUACAUUUCAUUAUCAUUUUUGGUAUGCGCAGAACUGCAAACAGUGUUGGACCAGUGACUCGCCUCACAGAAAUCAGAUACAAGUAUUGUCAGUAAGUCAUAAUCACUAAACACACCUUGAAAGAAACGGAGCAAGUACAGAUCAUGUUUUAAUGAAAAGAAUUGCUUUAAUGUAUGAUAGAAGGGCGGUGCAAAUGCAUCCUCUGAGAUGCCGAAGCUGGCAAUCGAACCGAGGGAUUUUCCAGGUGCCCGAGACCACAGCAACUCCAUCUGAAGGUUGCAGCCAUUCGAUAAUCAACCUACACAAACUGCCCCCCUCGCAAAUUCAUAUCAAAGAUACAAGACCUUGCUAUCAACUUGGCUUAUACAUUCCAUAAUGUGGAGCGUUGUGGCCCAGUGGAUUAGUCUUCUGACUUUGAAACAGGGUCGUGGGUUCGAAUCCCAGCCAUGG